CCCCAAAUUUGUAGCCAAAAAAAAAAAAAAAAAAAAAAAAAUCCAAAGAUGAAUUUAUCUACAAUGUCAGCAUCAGUUUUAAACUGUCAAAUUUUGAAAUUUAUCCAACCCCACAAAAAGGGGUUCUUGAAAUCUCCAUUGAUUAGUGGAAAAAGUUGCAAAUUUUGUGUUUUUGCAAGUUCAAAUGAGUUGGAUAAACAAAUAGUUGAAAACCCAAAAGAGGAAAUACAAGAAAAGACUAAUGGGGAAAAUUCUACUGGUCCUAGUGCUGUUCUUGAUAAUAAGGAACUUAAAAAGGCUGUUCUAAAGACUGCUUCAACGUUUGCACCGAGGGCUUCCACUGCUACGAAAAACCCUGCUAAACCGGGAACUGUUUUAUACACUGUUUUUGAAGUGCAAGCCUACGCUUCAUUGUUAUUAGGUGGAGCUCUCUCCUUCAAUCUCAUAUUCCCCUCAAACGAACCGGACAUCUGGAGACUAAUGGGAAUGUGGUCCAUAUGGAUGUUUACUAUUCCUUCCCUUCGGGCUCGAGACUGCUCGAAGAAUGAGAAAGAAGCUCUCAAUUAUCUUUUUCUCCUUGUUCCUUUGAUUAAUGUUAUAAUCCCGUUCUUCUUGAAGUCAUUUGCUGUCGUUUGGUCAGCGGAUACUGUAGCAUUUCUUGGGAUGUAUGCAUGGAAGCUCGGAUGGCUACAGAAAGAGCAAUAACAAAAGAAGUGAAGGAUCAGUGUUGCUCGUGUAGCUGCAAAUACGUAGCUUGUUCAGCUGAUAUAAUCUCAACUAUAGCUGCUUAUGGUUCACGUCAAGGCUACUAUAUCAUGAUCCGUUUGAAAAAUGAAAACAUCUAGAAGCACAAUAAGAGUAUCUCGGAUCAAGUUGCCUUGCUUUUCAGCUAGUUGGAGUUAUGAGUUUACUGGUAACAGAGUAGAUAUUCAUUUCCUUUUAAUUUCAUGUGCUCUGUGUAUUUUGUCACCCUUAAGAAAGUACAACACGUUCUCUAUCCUUCUUUGUACCGACGAUAAAUUACCGUUAAAAAAGUACAUGUACUUUCCCUCCUUUUAUGUACAGACAAUAGAUUGUGAAGAUGAAUUUUUGAAGCCCUAAAAAUACUUCUGCGAAA